GACUCGGGCAUCGGGCUAGCAAAACCGGACACGCCCAUUCACAUUUCAGCCGCAGAUCCAAGCUUGGUGCUGACGACAUCGCGAGCUCGCGUCUUGACGGAAGCGACUUCUGCGGCGCUACGGAGGCACUUUGGUAUUGGGGUGGAUGGAGCGGGGAAGGAUGUGUGUUCGGUGAUUUCAACUGGACACUACUUGCUUCCUGCGCUUGCGUACGGCGUUAUUGGCGCGGGAGGCGUGUUCUCUGCUGCAUCGGCGGCUAGUACGGUUGGUGAGCUGUGCAAGCAGAUCCAGGGUGCUGGGUCUAAGAUUCUUGUUGCUGUGGAGAGGACGAGGGAUGUUGCUGUCGGGGCUGCUGAGGCGGCGGGGUGGGGUAGGAACGGAGGCGGGAGAGUGCUGGUAAUGAGUGAAGGGAGGGAGUGGAGUCUGAGAGCUCUGCAGAGAAAUGGGGGAUUAGGAGAGAAUUUGAUUGUUGAGGGAGAUAGAUUGGUUUGGAGUAGGAUUACCGAUCCGCAGGAGCUGGAUGAUAGCCUUGUUGUGCUGAUUUAUAGCUCUGGGACUACGGGUUUGCCCAAAGGUGUCAAGAUAUCUCAUCGAAACUUGGUAGCCGAAACUGUAAUCACAGGUAACUUGGUCAAGUCAUGGAUAUCAGAGAAACGACCGGACUUCGAAUAUAGAACAGUCGCUCAUCUGCCCAUUGCGCACAUCGCCGGCAUCCAGGGUUACCUCCUCAAUGGAUUCUACAUGGGCGGCCCUGUUUACUGGAUGCCAAAGUUCGACUUUGCUCAGUUCCUCGAAUACAACAGGAAAUACCGCAUCACCUUCUUCUUCACUGUGCCGCCCAUCUUCCUACUCAUUGCAAAGUCGGCCCAGGUAACAGACCAGUUCCAGACUCUGGAGUUCGUUGUCAGCGGUGCUGCACCGCUAGGCAAGGACUUGCAGUAUGCAGCCAGCCAAAAGCUAGGUGGACCAGAUUGCUUCAUCGAUCAGACGUGGGGGCUAUCCGAAACGACAGGAAGUGCAACAAUCAUGCCAGCGGGCAUGCACGACGAUACUGGGUCAGUAGGCCCUCUGGUGCCGAAUAUGCUUGCCCGUCUUGUUGACGACGAUGGCCGAGAUGUCGAGUUAGGAAGGCCAGGAGAGAUUCUUAUCAAAGGGCCUGUGGUGUGCAAAGGAUAUUACCAGAACGAUGUUGCUAACAAGGAAUCCUUCACAGAAGACUGGUUUCACACUGGUGACAUUGCAGAGUUUCGCAACGGACUGUUUUACAUUGUCGAUCGUAAGAAGGAAUUAAUCAAGUACAAGGGCUUACAGAUUGCUCCUGCAGAGCUAGAAGCUGUAUUAGUGAGCCACUCGGAUGUUUUGGAUGCAGCCGUUAUCGGAGUCGAGGCUGAUGACGGGCUUAACGAGGUUCCAAGAGCGUAUGUUGUUGCUGCUAAGGGCAAGGAUAAGAUUAGCGCACGCGAUAUCGCAGAGUUUGUGAAGAGAAAGGUGGCUGGGUACAAGCAGUUGAGGGGUGGUGUGGUGUUUGUGGAUGAGGUCCCCAAGAGUCCCAGUGGAAAGAUUCUCAGGAAAGAUUUGAGGCUUCUGGCGAAGCGUGAGAAGGGCGCAAGGUUGUGA